ACAGGUGUGUGAGAGACUAGGUGUGUGUGUGUGUGUUGCAGGUCUAGAUGCAGAGCUGUACUACGUGAGGGAUGACGUGGUAAACCACUAUGCUCUCUCCUUCAUCCUGCCUGUACCCAGCGAGACCAACAGCCUGCACUUCACCUGGCGCUCCAAGGAUAAGGUUGAUUACCAGAUGGGUUUCCAUGUGGACAACCCUGCAGCUAUGAACCAACCACAGAGCAACAUCUCUACCCAGGGGGAGGUGCCUCGCACAGCCUCAGUGUUCAGAGUGGACCUGUUCUGCUCAGGGAAGGUAGAUGGAGAAGUGGUCCUGACGGUACAGCUCAACCUCACCAUCCAUUCCAACAACUUCACAGUGCUCAACUUCAAGAGGAGGAAAAUAUGUCACAAACGAAUAGAUCCUGAUCUGAAGAUCCCUCCCGUCUCCAACAAUAAGACCGUUCAGCGGCCAGAGAAUGGAGUGUCCAUACCUACCACCUCUACCAGGGUGUUCUAUAUCAGUGUCGGUGUCGGGGUCUGCUGUGCUGUCAUCUUCCUGGUAGCCAUUGUUCUGGCUGUCAUGCAUCUACACAGCAUGAAGAGAGUGGAGCUGGACGACAG